GCCGCGCAGGCGCGGCGCGGGCGGAAGUGGCGGCGAUGCGAGCGGCCGGCGCGGGGCCCGAGAGACCGGAACCGGCACCGGGCCGAGCCCGCCCGACGGCCGCCGCCGCGGGCCGCUGACUCGGCUCAGCAAGCGGCAGCAGCAGGGAGAGCGGAGAGCGGAGGGCCGGACGGCCAGCGCGCCCACCCAGGGCUCCCCGAAUGUGGCCGACCGGGGACAAUGGACCUCAAGUUCCACGGCUCCCGGAAAUAUGUUUCCAUCACCGUCCCGUCCCAGACCCAGACCAUGUCCCCGCACAUCAAGGCCGUGGAUGACGUGGCCGUCCUGGGCAUAGCCCUCAGCAGAUUCACCAAACUCACCCAGUUUUUCAUAUGUGUCGCUGGCGUGUUCGUGUUUUACCUGAUCUACGGAUACCUGCAGGAGCUGAUCUUCUCCAUGGAGGGCUUCAGGCCCUACGGCUGGUACCUGACUCUGGUGCAGUUUGCGUUUUACUCCGUGUUCGGCCUGGUGGAACUCCAGCUCACGCAGGACAAACGGCGAAGAAUCCCGGGGAAGACCUACCUGGUCAUCGCCUUCCUGACUGUGGGCACCAUGGGGCUGUCCAACACCUCUCUGGGCUACCUGAACUACCCCACCCAGGUCAUCUUCAAGUGCUGCAAGCUCAUCCCCGUCAUGCUGGGGGGGGUGCUGAUCCAAGGGAAGCGCUACAAUCUCGCCGACGUGUCCGCCGCCCUGUGCAUGAGCCUGGGCCUGAUCUGGUUCACCCUGGCCGACAGCACCAUCGCCCCGAACUUCAACCUGACAGGUGUCGUCCUCAUCUCCCUGGCGCUCUGCGUGGACGCCGUCAUCGGCAACGUCCAGGAGAAAGCCAUGAAGCUCCACAACGCUUCCAACUCGGAGAUGGUCCUGUACUCCUACUCCCUCGGCUUCCUGUACAUCCUGCUGGGACUCACCUGCACCCGGGGCUUGGGCCCUGCCGUGGCGUUCUGCUCAAAGAAUCCGGUUCAGACCUAUGGCUACGCCUUCCUCUUCUCCCUCACUGGAUACUGUGGCGUCUCCUUUGUUCUGGCACUGAUUAAAAUCUUUGGAGCACUUGUCGCUGUUACAGUGACCACGGGCAGGAAAGCCAUGACCAUCGUGCUGUCCUUUCUCUUCUUCGCCAAGCCCUUCACCUUCCCGUACGUCUGGUCCGGCCUGCUGGUCGUCCUUGGCAUAUUCCUUAACGUUUACAGCAAAAACAUGGACCAGGUGCGACUGCCGUCCCUCUACGGCCUGAUCGCCAAGACCCUGGAGGCCAGGCGCUCGCGGCUGCUGCAGACGGUGUAGCUGGGACGCGCAUGGGCUCUCGCCAGCCGCGCCCGACGGCCCAGGACAGCGCGUGAGGGCAGGCUGUGCGGGCGCAUGGGAGCACUUGGUGCGGAGCACUGUCUGCGCCCUGGCCAGUAACUGGCUCCCGAGUGGGAGAAUCUCGCGGGAACGGAGCCGGUGUGGGGCUCGCCGGGCUGGCGGCGGCGGUGGCGCGGGCGGGCACUCGUCUUCAUUCCAUUGGUGGUGGUAUUCACGCGACUCCCUGUCACAGGGUGAGGUGAUUGAAAGCCGGGAGAUAAUUUGAUAAUAAAAUUAUUCUGAUUUUUUUAAUGAA